AUGGCUGGUCUCGUUUGCAUUUUGCGUCAACUCGGUGAUCUCACCGAGUUUGCUGCUGAGAUGUUCCAGGACUUGCAUGAAGAAGUAAUGGCGACUGCUUCGAGAAGCCAUGGUCUUAUGGCUCGUGUACAACAGCUUGAAGCUGAAUUUCCUUACAUAGAGAAGACGUUAUUGUACCAGACCGAUCCUGUGUCUAUGCGCUAUGCUUGCAUAACUUUGGGCUUCAACGUUGAGUGGGUGAAAUCCGACCCCAACAUUCCUUAUGUUUCUUCGGAAUCGGUUUGGUCUCAAAGUCAUGUUUCGAUUUUCGCUUACCCAAUAAAUUACCUGAUUUCUUGA